AUAGUGUUUUUAGAAGAAGCAUCUCAACAAGAAAAACUGGCCAAAGAAUGGUGCUUCAAGCCAUGUGAAGUAAGAGAGCUGAGCCAUCAUGAGUUCUUCAUGCCUGGGCUGGUUGAUACACACAUUCAUGCUCCUCAGUAUUUCUUUGCUGGAAGUAAUGUAGACUUGCCCCUUUUGGAGUGGCUGACCAAGUACACGUUUCCUACAGAACUCAGAUUCCAAAGCAUCGACUUUGCUGAAGAAGUAUACACCAGAGUUGUUAGGCGAACACUAAAGAAUGGAACAACCACAGCUUGUUACUUUGGAACAAUUCACACUGACUCAUCUUUGCUCCUUGCUGAAAUUACAGAUAAAUUUGGACAGCGGGCAUUUGUGGGCAAAGUAUGCAUGGAUCUGAAUGACACUGUUUCAGAAUACAAGGAGACCACUGAGGAAUCAAUCAAGGAAACAGAGAGGUUUGUGACAGAAAUGAUUCAGAGGAAUUAUUCUAGAGUGAAGCCUGUAGUGACACCACGUUUUUCCCUUUCUUGCACGGAGACUUUGAUGGGUGAACUCGGCAACAUUGCUAAGACCCGUGAUUUGCACAUUCAGAGCCACAUAAGUGAAAAUCGUGAUGAAAUUGAUGCCGUGAAAAACUUAUACCCCAGCUAUAAAAACUACACAGAUAUAUAUGAUAAAAACAAUCUUCUGACAAAUAAGACGGUGAUGGCACAUGGUUGCUACCUUUCUGCAGAAGAACUUAAUGUAUUCCACGAACGAGGAGCAUCCAUCUCACAUUGUCCCAAUUCUAAUUUGUCGCUCGGCAGUGGCUUUCUAAAUGUGCUAGAAGUCCUGAAGCAUGAAGUGAAGAUAGGGCUGGGUACAGAUGUGGCUGGUGGUUAUUCAUAUUCCAUGCUUGACGCAAUCAGAAGAGCUGUGAUGGUUUCCAAUAUCCUUUUAAUUAAUAAGGUAAAUGAGAAAAGCCUCACUCUCAAAGAAGUCUUCAGACUAGCUACUCUUGGAGGAAGCCAAGCCCUAGGGCUAGACAGUGAGAUUGGAAAUUUUGAAGUGGGCAAAGAAUUUGAUGCCCUCCUGAUCAACCCUAAAGCAUCCGACUCUCCCAUUGACCUGCUUUAUGGGGAUUUUGUUGGUGAUAUUUCUGAGACUGUUAUCCAGAAGUUCCUCUAUCUAGGAGAUGAUCGAAAUAUUGAGGAGGUUUAUGUGGGCGGAAAACAGGUGGUUCCAUUUUCCAGCUCAGUGUAAGACCCUCAGGUAUCUACGGAGUUCUCCUGGGAUUAACGUGAUUCUCCAUCUCCCUUGUGCCCAGGUGGAGUUAGAACGUCAAAAAAAUAGUACCUUGUUCUUGGGAUGACUAUCUCUUUCUGUGUCUAGUUACAGUAUUCACUUGACAAAUUGUUAGAAGGAAGUUGCACUAAUUCUCAACUCUGGUUGAGAGGGUUCAUAAUUUUAUGGAAAUGCCUCCCUUUUGAGCUGUUCAGAUUUACUUUAAGCUCAAACAAAAGGGAAUGCUAUUGCUGAUGGUGUUCUUGUUAUGAGAUUUAAGUAAAAUCUUUAUCAUAUUUAGAAACAUGAAAGAAAAGAUAUUCCUAUAUGGUUAGAUAUUUUGAGCUAAUAAAUGCAAAAAUUAGAAAACUGAAAAUGAACUUGUGAGUAUAUUUUUAUGAGGGAGCAAGAGUUAGGCUGUGAACAAAUGUUGGAAGAUCACUUCAGAUUGUGUUUGAAAAUUAUAUAUUGAGCAUAUUAAUUUAAAAAGAGAACUCGUUGAAUUUUAAAACGUGUUUCUAGGUUGAACUUGUGUUUUAGAACUUGCACUUAAUGGAAUUUGCAUUUCAGAGAUGUGUUAUUGUUGUGCUUUGCCUUCUUUGGGGAUGAAUGUCAGAAAUUGAAUGCCACAUGCUUUCUUAAUAUAGUCUUGUGUUUCAAAGUGUUUGACAGAAGUUGGGUAUUAAAGAUUUAAAGUCUCUUAGGAAUAUUAUUCAUAUAACUACAUGGCAUAAAUAGUUGUAUUUUGUGUUAAUUUAUAACUGUGAGAUGUUAUAAUUGCUUCCAUUGUAUUAGAAAAGAAACAAAUUCCAUACUCCACUGUUCUGUAGACUGGAGUCCUCAUAAAUUGGAGCAAGUACUAUGCAUCUGGGAACUGCUGAUACUAACAAAAAGGGUCCUACUGCAAUGGCCUGUUCUUCCCAAACACUAUGCUGUAGUUGCUGGAAAUCUCAUACUUGGAUAUCAGUUUGCUAGAGUAUUAAAGUGAAGAAAUCCUGUUAAAGAAAUAUUAUUAAAAACCUUUAAACCCUAUAUAUGAAAUCUCUCUAUUUUCUAAUUUUAUUCAAUUGUCUGUUUAAUUCCUUAUAAUUUUUAGGAUAUUAGAAUUUUGGGAUAAUGAAAAAUACAUAGCUCUCCCACUUAAUAUUUAUAUUAAUAGAACUUAAUUUGUACUACACAUCUAGGGACGUUAAACAAAGCAAAGAGUAUUUUUAUGCUUCCUAACUAAUAUAGUAUGCUUUCCUAUAACCUAGAAUUAAACUCAAAGUAUGACCUGAUGGUAAAUCCUUAAGAAAUAUUGAUGUAAAUGUUAUUUCAAUCCUAUAUUUUUCUUAUUUAACGUCAAAUACUAUAUAUAAACGAGGAAAAGCUAUAGACUUUCUUAAUAUAUUACAACAGUCAUUUCUAGGGCUUAGGUGUGACUCCCUAAUGUUAUCUUACGGUAGAAAACUUUAUAUAAUAUAGCUAACCUAAUAGUUACAAAGCUAAGAAUACAACUUUCCCCUCCUGUAAUAUAAAUUUUAUUUUCACAUAUUACUAAUUCAGUAGUAAUUUGUCCACUAUUGUUUUUCUGGUAAAAACACUUUUAGAUUUCAUUGUGUCUUCAUUAUAAAGAUGGAACACAAUUUUGGUCUUUUUUUGUUUUUCUUUUCAAGAAAAAAUCCCAAGUUUGUUUUGUGGGAUAUUAAGAAACUCAGUAAAUCCCAAUUCCAGUCUCAGUUUGUAUUUCUAGUAUUUCUUAUUCUUGAGCCAUGUCAAAGAUGUUCCGCCAAGUGUCUCCAAACACUUCUCUUUAGUGCUGGCAAGUGUUUUCUGCUCUAUCCUCCAAUCCUGCCAAAGGAACUUGGAUACAUGGUGUUUUACCAGAUGAGUGGGCUUCGGAAUUUAGAUGAGAUGUGUAAGAUCCAUAAUAGGCAGAACCUGCAUCCAGCCUUUGCAAGAUCCCACACUUUUACCUUCCUCAAGGGUGUACAUUUUGAUGUUGAACGUCAGUUUUCAUCUAGAUAUAGGAUUCACAUGCAGUAAAUAUAAGUGUAGCAUCAGAAGUGGGAAGAAUGGCCAUAUACAACCAUUCUGUCAAACAUUACAUUUAGCCCUGAUAGAAUGUUAAGACCUCAAUAUCUUUUCUAGUAAAAAUAGAAUGUUUUGAAAUGUUUACAUGUACUUUGAUCUCUCUGCAUUACUUAUAACUUACGUGUUUUAUUUCUCCAAGUGCAGUGUUCCUGAGUGUUAUGUAUGCUUUAUUCCAGUGCCACAGGCAUGAGCUAUUCAUGGGGCUCGAUUUUCUGCACUUUGAAAUGUUGCCUUUGCCUAGUGUAGGUUGGGUUUUUGAAUUGUGGAGAGGCACUAUUCUGAGCCAAUCCUAUUUGUCACUUUAUGUUUGAAUAUUUUGCUCUCUGACAGGAAAGGAAUAAUUUUAACUUAUCAACCUCCUCACCUUACCCUCCACCAUCUGCCUCAUGCUUCAUGGCAUUUUUAAUGGAAUACACUUUAAAAGAUAAAAAUGUAUUAAAAAAUAUUGACUUUCAUAAAUUUACAAAAUAUUUUUGCAACCAGGACACCAAAACAGGCAUAUCAACUAAGAUGAAUGUAAUUUUGAAGUGAAAAGGAAACACGAAAAAUAAAAGAUUAGGAUGUAAAAUGUUGUCCUAAACUGAGAGCAAGGAGACUGCUGUCUUAUUUAUUUUCUCAACUUUUUCUCUAGUUGAAUUAUCAAAGGUUUUAGACUCCAAGAGGGCAUCUUGGAACAAGCUCCCUUUUUGCCAAGAGGAGGCCUAAGUUGAUGCUGUGAGAAUCAAGCCCCAUUGAAUCUCUUUUUUACUUCAGUGAGAAUUCCUCAGGUUAAAGGAGAGGAAAUGGUAGGAAACACUUCCUGUUAUGCUUAGCUGACUUUCAAGUGUGCCCUUGAAUAUCCCUGUUGGCAGCUACAGCUGAGAUCUUACAGAAGAAACGUAAUGGGUGUGAGAGCUAGCAAUGCAUUUUGAAUCUUCACUCUACCAGACUCUUCCUAUUUUUAAUCCUUUCACCUCCGAACCAGACAUAUGGAAAGCUUUAAAGGCAAGCUGGAAGGCACAUUGUAUCAAUUUUACCUUGUGCUGCCCGUGGGAGAGAUCCAGAAUUGGAGGUUUCUGGAACUUUUAAAAAAUAUCUUCAUUGUUGUCCAUUUUUAAAGUUGCGGAUGAUGUUUAAAAAGAGUGUUCUGAGCUAUUAAGAGAUGGACUAAGAAAUGUGUUAUGGGCAAUGACUUGAAAUAUUUUUAAAUUGCAUGAAUUAUUAUGAAUUUUAAAGUUUCUUUGGGAGGCUUAAACGAGAUAUUUGAAAUUUCAGAUCUCCAGUCACCUUAAGUAUGCCUUUGGACCUCACACUUUAUAAUGUCUGAAGGAAAAGCCUGAAAAGAAGUGUGCGGAUGAAAGGACACUGUUAGAAUACCCUAACAUUGGUCACCAUGCAUGUUUUGAAACCCAGCCUCUCCUCCUUUUCCCUCCCACAACCCUGAGUGUGAGAGACUGAGAGCUGAGGGGUUUGUGAAUCCAGUCCAAAUUUAAUGAAAUGUAAACAUCAAAAGGCCAAUGAUGGAAUUGAAUGUGAAUUCCAAGAUGGCUUUCCCAGUUCACAGGGUUCAAGUGAUGGGAGUAGCAGAUGUUAUUCUUAGCUCAUCUCUUAUGUGACAGUGAUUUAACUUUCUAUUUCCUAUUCAAAAGCCUGUCAGAAAACAUUCUUUAGAAAAAAACCACCUUACCUUGUUGUUAAACUCCUGAUUGCUGCUGUUAAGACCACAUGUAUGUACACAUGGGAACAUUUUUCCCUAAAUAUUUGUAUGAUUUGCUUAUUGUUAUUGUGCUGAGUGAGCUCCUGUGUGCUUCAGACAAAAAUAAACGAGAUUUUGUGUUUACGUUA